AUCUAUUUCUCGGGCGGGCAGUUUAAGCUCCUGCGCAUGCGUCGCCGCUUCCUUUUUGCUGAACGUGUCAGCCAUGGCCCCGAUCAAGAAGCAGGUCUUCAGGAAACAAGGUGGGAAGAGGAAGAAGCAGCUGCUCAAGUUCACCCUGGACUGCACACACCCCGUGGAGGAUGGCAUCAUGGAUGCUGCCAACUUUGAGCAGUUCCUGCAGGAGCGCAUCAAAGUCAACGGCAAGGCUGGAAACCUCGGGGGUGGCGUGGUGUCCAUCGAGAGGAGCAAGAGCAAAAUAGCUGUGAACUCUGAAGUCCCCUUCUCCAAGAGGUACUUGAAGUAUCUCACUAAGAAGUAUCUGAAGAAGAACAACCUCAGGGACUGGUUGCGGGUUGUGGCUAACACCAAGGAGAGCUACGAGCUGCGCUACUUCCAGAUCAACCAGGAUGAGGAGGAGGAAGAGGAUGAAGAUUAAACCAAUCUUAAUAAACUAUCUUCACAAAACAAACCAAAAAA